UCGAGGAACACAGUCUAUGUGUAUUAGUUAGUGUAUGUCUGAAAUCGACAUUUAUAUAGUAUAGUUUAAUCGUGUAUAAAUGUGAUUUUUUUUAUCAGUUUUUUGUUGGAAAAAUUCGUGAAAAAAAUCAAGAGUUUUUAAGUGUUUGAACAAUUUUAAGUGAGAGAAAUCAAGUUUUUCUUAUAGUGAGGGCCAGCGGCCGGAGGAUGUUUGCAUAUGUCUAAAUUCCAAAGAACACAGCUUCUGGGCACUGCACAGGUGAAGAGGUCGUCCACGGAGCACACGACGGCCACGGGCUUCAACUCCACGAAGCGCACCAAAUACUCUGCCUCGGUUACGGAGAUAGACGAAAUUGAGAAUAUGACGGACACAGCGGCUGCCACGACAAAUUCACAAAAAAGGGCAAAUUUUUCAGCAUUGACUGUCACCAAUCCUAACGGAGUAACGAAUAAAAUAUCACCAAGUUUAGCAAAUUCCAAACCAGGUUCAGCUAAAAAGUUGGUCAUCAAGAAUUUUAAAAAUAAGCCAAGAUUACCGGAUAAUUAUCAAGAGGAAACAUGGGAGAAAUUGAGAGAGGCUGUGGUUGCGAUUCAAACCAGCAAAAGUAUAAGAUAUUCAUUGGAGGAACUAUAUCAGGCAGUAGAGAAUAUGUGUAAUCACAAAAUGGCAUCGACACUUUAUAAUAAUUUAACAAACCUGACGGAGUCGCAUGUUAAAGCAAAUAUAGAGCAAUUCGUUGCGGAGUCCAUGGAUAGGCACAUUUUUCUGAAAAAGAUGAAUGAAUGCUGGCAAUCGCACUGUCGACAAAUGAUUAUGAUUAGGAGUAUCUUUUUAUAUCUUGACAGAACCUACGUUUUACAAAAUUCCGGCAUUUCGUCAAUUUGGGAGAUGGGACUUUAUUUAUUUAGACUCAACAUCGUUCUAAAUAAUCUUGUGCAAACUCGAACAGUAGAAGGACUUCUUAUGCUCAUCGAAAAGGAACGACAAGGUGAUACAGUGGAUCGAACUCUGCUUAAAUCAUUAUUGAGAAUGCUGUCUGAUUUGCAAAUCUAUCAGGACGCCUUCGAAACAAAGUUCCUUCAAGCUACAGAAAGAUUGUACGCGGCAGAAGGCCAACGACUCAUGACGGAGCAUGACGUUCCGGAAUAUUUAGCUCACGUUGACAAGCGUUUACAAGAAGAAAACGAACGUUUACUUCAUUAUCUUGACACCUCAACGAAAUGGUCCCUUAUUCACACGGUGGAAAAGCAAUUAUUGUCCGAACAUAUUUCCAGCAUUCUUCAAAAAGGUUUAAGUGGCUUAUUAGAUGAAAAUCGAAUUCACGAUUUGUCGCUGCUUUACAAUUUGUACAGUCGAAUUAAAAAUGGACUCGUUGAACUUUGCUUGAAUUUCAAUAGUUAUAUUAAGAAGAAAGGUAAAACGAUAGUCAUAGAUCCCGAGAAAGAUAAAACGAUGGUUCAGGAAUUGUUAGAUUUCAAAGAUAAAAUGGAUAAUAUAGUCAAUACUUGUUUUCACAAGAAUGAGAAGUUUGCGAAUAGUUUGAAGGAGGCUUUCGAGGCGUUCAUUAAUCAAAGAGCGAACAAACCGGCCGAAUUGAUAGCGAAAUUCGUCGACUGUAAACUUCGAGCGGGAAAUAAAGAGGCAACUGAGGAGGAAUUGGAGCGUUUAUUGGAUAAGAUUAUGGUUCUGUUUCGUUUUAUUCAUGGCAAGGAUGUUUUCGAAGCUUUCUAUAAAAAGGAUUUGGCCAAACGUUUACUGGUCGGAAAAUCGGCGUCGGUCGACGCUGAAAAAUCAAUGUUAUCGAAAUUAAAGCAGGAAUGCGGUGGAGGUUUCACCAGUAAACUCGAGGGAAUGUUUAAGGACAUGGAACUUAGCAAAGAUAUUAAUAUUGCAUUUAAACAAUAUUCCAGCAAUCUCCAAAAUGAACUAUCGGCCAGUAAUUUAGAUUUAACAGUGUCAAUUCUCACAAUGGGUUACUGGCCAACUUAUCCCGUCAUGGAAGUGACUUUACCGUUAGAAAUGGUCCAAUAUCAAGACGUGUUCAAUAAAUUUUAUCUAGGCAAACAUAGUGGCAGAAAAUUACAAUGGCAACCAACAUUGGGACAUUGUGUAUUAAAAGCGUGGUUCCAACAGGGGAAUAAAGAAUUACAAGUGUCGCUGUUUCAAGCCCUGGUUUUAAUAUUAUUUAAUGAUGCCGAUGAUUUAUCGCUUGAGGAAAUUAAAGCUGCGACAAAUAUCGAGGAUGGUGAAUUAAGAAGAACGUUACAAUCGUUAGCGUGCGGUAAAGCUAGAGUUCUCCAAAAAAAUCCUCGAGGUCGAGACGUCUCUGAUAAUGAUAGAUUCGUCUUCAAUGCCGAUUUUACCAACAAACUUUUUAGAAUAAAAAUUAAUCAAAUCCAAAUGAAGGAAACGAAUGAAGAACAGAAAGCAACUGAGGAGAGAGUUUAUCAGGAUCGUCAGUAUCAAAUAGACGCAGCAAUUGUGAGAAUAAUGAAAAUGAGAAAAACCCUUACGCACAAUCUUCUCAUCAGUGAACUUUACAAUCAACUUAAAUUUCCCGUCAAGCCGGCGGACUUGAAAAAACGAAUAGAAUCAUUAAUUGACAGAGAUUAUAUGGAGCGAGAUAAGGACAAUGCAAAUCAGUACAAUUAUGUCGCAUAACCGCGACGAUCACCUGCCAAAAUGACAUCCAAGUGUAAAGUGUUUACGUUUGCUAUAAAAAACGAUUUUUUCAUUGAUGCUUGCAAAAUGCCAAGACACAAAUUCCCAAUCUCGUGAUUCCGUGUUCGUGAAUUUUUUUUCUACACCGUGGAAUUAGGAAAGAAAGAAAAAAAAAAGACUAUACAAAAAAAGUAAUUGUCCGUCAGCUUAUAUAAUUUCGCAUUUUUUCCAAAAUGCAUCCCCCCCGUUUUUAAAAAAAAAUGUGUUAAAGUGUCAACGUACAUUCUUUUUUUGUUUACUUUUUGUUGUGUUUGGUUUUUUUUAAAUUAACAUAAGGAAAAGCAUCAGGAAAAAUAUUAACUAUAAUAAUGCGUCUGUUUUGCAUAACAAGUUUUUACGCAAUGCAGUUUUUCUUAGCGAACUAAGGACGUAGAAUUUUGAGUGAAUUUGAAUGUGAAAGAAAGAGAGCGAGAGAGCGAGAGAGAGAAAGUGUGUGAGAAAAAAAUCCUAAUAGAAAACGUAAAAAAAUGGAGAUUCUGCACAAUGAUUUGCUUUUACACGAAAAAUGGAUAAAUUCUUUAAUUUAAAUUGCUUUGUAACUUUUUCCAUAUGAGAGACUGAAGAUACAAAAAAAGGAAGGAAAGUGAAUUCUUAGAAAUCAAGUUGGUGAAACCAAAAUUAAAAAAACACAAGGCACCCUUGUAAUUUACUUAUUAUAAAUGAUGAUAAAAAUCGAUUCGAGCUCGGAAGAAAUUCUCGAGAUAUUUCACGUGCCUAUUUCUUAAAAUAAUCCUAAGUGUAUUUAUUAAUUGAAAGCAAUACAAGAAUGGACAGUUUUUUAAGUAAUACAAAAAAAUAAGUCGCAUACUGUCUUGUAUAUUAUAUUAUAAAAUCCUUUCGUUUUGAAAACGAAAUUUAGAAAAAAUUUUCUUCUUUUUUUAUCAUCGCGCAUAGUGAGAGAAAAAAGUGAAUUUACAAAUGAUCAUUUAUUUAUAUAAAUCUAUCAAUUUUUUUGCUUAGUGUGUGAUUUUAUUUUCACAAAUUUUUCACUUUGCUUUAUUAAUUAAAUUUCUCAAUAUUCACUUGAUCUGAUUUUACCUAAUUUAAAAAAAAAUUCCCCUCAAUUUUUUUCUUUCUUCGUAGAAAAAAAUUUAAGAAAAUUUACUUUUGCAAUAGUUUGUGCCAAAAUUUAAUUUUUCUUUUCUGAUGAUUUUAAAAUUGGUAAAAGUAAAAUCUAAAUUUUCCCAAACUUCUUACAAAUUAUGAUUAUUUCAUUAGUUUAUAAAUUACUGCACUUUUUAAAUUUCCUCUCUGUGAUGCACUUCAUGCAUUUUAUGCAUUUUCAUUUAUAAACAAACUUUUUGGUGAAAAAAUAAAAGAAAUAUUUGUGUAAAAUUAAAAUAUUUUUUUUAAUUUAAAUUUUUCUCUCGUUUAGUAGAAAAGUAGUUUUUUUUGGCAGAAACUGUCGCAAGAAAGUAAAAUUAUCAUCAAUAUAUAUAUAAAGUGAUUUUUUUUUAUAAAAAUGAUAAUAUAUACAAGGCGCAUAAUAAAUAAGUUUCCUGUAGAAUUUUUAAAAGAACAUUAUUUGUAAUAAUUCUAAAUAGUAAAUAGAAUAAUUGCCCCUCUUUUUAAACGCUAUAUAUAAAUAUUUUAUGCGAUUUAUUAAAAACCAGAAAGUCAAAAA